AUGUCGGUGGAGGACCGCCUGGCAGCCAGGUUCGCCGCCGAACGCAAGAAGCAAAACAAGCAGACCCUCUUCAACCUGGAGGAGACCACCGAGCUGACGCACAUGGGCCAGACGCUGAGCGAGAUCGAGAAAUACGAGGACCCGCGCAGCGACGACGAGGGCGACGACGCACUCGGAGCCGAGUUCGUCAAGUCGGCCCACUUCGGCGGCGGACUGCUGGCCUCGGGCGGCCCCAACUCCGCCCAGAGCCGCAAGGAGUGGAUCGAUCAGAUGAUCGCCGACAGCAAGAAGCGCAAAUACGACGCGCGAAAGGCCCGCGAGGAGACGCUCGAGAUGACCGACAAACUGGACGACGACUACAAGCAGGUCAUGCAGAUCUUCAAGGACGCCGACCUCAUGCCCGCCGCCGCCGCGCCCGACCCCUCCGACGAGUACGACAUGCUCGUGCGCCAGCUGGCCUUCGAGCCGCGCGUCGGGGCGUCGGAGCGGACCAAAACGGACGAGGAGGUGAAGCGGGAGGAGGCGACACGGCUCCGCUUGCUGGAGGAGGCGCGCCAGCUGCGCAUGCGCGCUGACCCGGAGGAGGCGGGCGGGGCGCGGCCGGCCGUCCACCGCAGCGCCGAUGACCUGGACGACGGGUUCCUGCUGGACGCCAAGCCGCAGCAGCGUCUUGAGCUGAUCGGCGAUCAGCUGGUGGUGACGUCAGAGUUGCCGGACGUGCCGCUGACGGGCCGCCAGGCCAAGAAGCGCCAGAGCCGGCUACAGCGGCAGCGCGACGCGGAGGAGGAGGCCGAGCAAACGCUUCCUGAGGCAGUCACGCCCCCUAAAGCCAAGCUUCCGACCUACAAGAAGCUCAGCGCCACCCUCCGGGCCCUGCUGCCGCUCGAGCAGACGCGUCACCUGACCGAGCUUGUGAUGUCGCUGGAUCCGCAGCUGUCGCCGGGCAACAAGGCGCUGCUCAUCUCCCUGUACGAGAUGCUCCUGCGCUACAUCGGCGACUGCUGCCGCCGCUCGGGCGCCGCGGCAGACACCGGUUCGCCGGGCGGCGGACAGGUGGCGCUGCGCGCGGUGGACGCACUCGUUCCGCUGCUGUACGACCUGACGCAACGGCUGGGCGACGCGGCGUACCUGAGCUGGGUGGCGUGGCUGCGGCGGCGGCAGGCGGCGUACGGCCGGCGCCGGCGACGCUCCUUCCCGGGCCUAGAGACGCUGCUGCCGCUGCGGGUGUGUGGCCAGCUGUUCCCCAGCUCUGACCGCCGCCACCCGGUCACCAUGCCAGCCAUGUUGAUGCUGUGCCAGAUGCUGGCGGAGUGCCGCGUCACCUCGCGCCGCGAGCUGGCCGCCGGACUCUUCGUCGUCUCGCUUCUGAAUGAGUUCACAAGCCUGGCCAGCCGUUACGUGCCGGAGGUGAUCGGCUUCCUGCAGAGCGUGCUGUUCACGGCUGUGCCCAGCGAGCGCCAGGCGCCGCUGGCCGGCCACGUGCUGCUGCCCCAGCUGCCGCGCGGACCCCACUCCAGCCUGCUGCAGCUAACCACCAGCUGCGCCGGCGCGCCGUGUGAGCCGCUGCUCUCACUGUCAGCCGUCGAGUCAGAGGCGCCGCUGACGGACGCAGCGCGCGCCUCCUGCCUGCACGUGGCCGCCUCGCUGGUGCGCCAGCUGGCCGAGCGGCACGGCCAGCUGCCGGCCGCCUCCGAGAUCUUCGGCCCGCUCCGGCUUAUGAUGGCCGCCGUGGACGUCAGGAGAUACCCCGACGUUUUGCGCAACAAGUGGACGGCGUGUCUGAAGACACUAGAAGGGAUUAGCUCUGAGAAAACCACCCUGGAAAAGAAUAAAAAACGACCUAAACCCCUCCGUUUGUACGAGCCUGCUAUAGAAGAGAACUUUGACGGCCGGCGGCGGCGGCCGGGCUCGCACGAGAAGCGAGAGCACGACAAGCUGGUGCACAAGUACAAGCGACAGAUGCGCUCGACAGUGCGCGAGGUGCGCCGCGACAACGCCUUCGUGGCGCGCCAGAAGCUGACCGAGAUCAAGACCAAGGACGACGACCGAAAGCGGAAGCUGAAGGACCUGAUGGCGUCCCUGGCCAACCAGGAGGGAGACUUCAAGCGCAUGAAGCGUCAAAAGUGAUCGAGCAUAGCUAUCGCUGGGCCUGUCCUGUUUUGUUGUGGAGGAAAUACACGCUCAG